CAAGGCGUCGAAAGUGAGCUGGAACUGCUCGAGUUUCUUCCACUAAAACGGAUGUUGGCGUUUAAUAACCGACCGUUCGUGAAUUAUUAGAAAAGAACUGUGUUUAUUUUGCACUUAUUGCAUUUCUGACGUGAUCAGAAAGUGCGCGAGCGAGUUUGGAGUUUUCUCUUCCUCGAGCAGACUUCCUUUCUUUCUGGGCGUGUUCCAAAUCAAACCAUGUCGGUGCCAUUCUCAGGGACGGAGGGCCGGGACCAGCACUCCCGCAUACACAGCCGACCCAACCCGGGUUUUCUGGAGCGUCUGGGGGAAACGAUGGGGGGCAUGAUGGUGGGAGUGGGGCUGUUCUUCGUGUCCUUCUACGUGCUCUUCACUAAUGAGGGCAGGGCCAUCCGUACAGCGGCGUCUCUGGACGAGGGUCUCUCUCAGGUCCUCACUCUGCGCCCAGACAUGUACGUUGACCCCCAAAACGACAAUCGGCUUGUUCACCUGUCGGCCCCCCUGCGCACCUCUCAGCCUCUGUAUGAUCCGAACUAUAAAGUGGCGGUUCAGGCGGUGAAGCUGAAGAGGAAUGUGGAGAUGUAUCAGUGGGUGGAGUAUCAGGACUCACGGGAGUAUAAAGAAGGUGGUGAAACCAAAACAGAGACCACCUACACAUACAAUACUGAGUGGAAGUCUGAGGUCAUCAACAGCAGGAAUUUCGAUCAAGAAAUCGGCCACACGAAUCCCAGUGCGAUGGCGGUGGAGAGUGUGACCGUAGUAGCCCCCGAUGUUUGGGUUGGGUACUUUUUCCUCUCCAAAGGGCUGAUUGAUCAGAUUAAUAAUUUCCAAACACUGCAUCUGGGGGCGCUUCCUGUCACUGACCCUUUCCUCACCGUACAUGAAGAUUACUUCUACCACACUGCGAACCCCCGGAGACCAGAGGUUGGAGAUGUGCGUGUGAGUUUCUCUUACGCUGGGCUCAGUGGUGAAGGGUCUUUCCCUGGACCACCCCAAACAGUGAGUGUGGUGGCCAUGCAGAAGGAAGAGAGACUGAAGCCCUUUAAGACUCGAUCAGGAGACACUCUGGAGAUCCUGUACCUGGAGGAGCUCACCGCUGAGGAGGUCUUUGCUAAAGAGCAUAAGCUGAACGAUAUGAAGACGUGGGCUCUGAGGGCCGGUGGGUGGUUCCUCAUGUUCCUCGGCAUCAGUCUGACGACUCGCAUCAUCUACACACUGGUGGACUGGGUUCCUUUGCUGAGGGAUCUGGUAUCUGUGGGUUUGAAGCUGUUCGCUCUGUGUGUGUCCUGCUGUCUCUCUCUGCUCACCAUCGCUGCAGGUUGGCUGUUGUACCGCCCCCUGCUGGCCGGCCUGAUAGCAGCGCUCGCCCUUGUCCCCAUCCUCAUCGCACGCUCUCGAGCACCGGACAAAAAACACCAGUGACUACUUAAAAGAAGCCGGGUCAUUCCAUGAAUACUUAGCUGUAGAACCAGAGCCAUUUUAUGAGGAGUCUGACCGCUUCCUAUUUCCCUGAUUAUAUCAAAACCAGGACUGCAAAAUGCCAGACGGCGCCCACGACGAGUCCUCAAUGAAUGGGAGCAAAUGGAGCUAAACGGCUAAAAAUGAAAAAUAGCUUCUAAUCACCCAGAACGUUUAAUUUUAGACAGCAGAGGUUUGUAUUUCACUAAAACAGCAAAGAAAUCUUACCUGUAUGUUUCAUUUUUUUUUUACAAAACAGAACAUUAGUACUGCUGAUUGGCUGGUGAGCGGAGCAGCUCUCAUUGGCUGUUCAUGCUCAUACACGUCAUGAUCGUACUUGAGGCUCUGUUUUAAACUCCUAUAACUCGAGUUUAAAAGCUCUUAAAUAUUACAGCAGUGAUGAUGUGAUUUUGCUCUAAUGCUCCAUAUUAACCCAUUUAUUCAGGACUAGCUCGGGGGCGCCCUCUAGCGUUCGAGAAACCCGGAAGACAUCACAGAGUGGAAAUUCCCCUCACUAAGUUCUCUGGUGAAACUAAAGCUGAGAGGAAAGACGGUCCAUCAGGAAAGUCCUUUAGGUCUCCUCCGAUUGGACAGGCUUGACUUUCAGUUUCAGUUGUCCGGCUAACCAACAUUUCUUGCUUUGUGGAACGGCCCCCAGGUACGGUGGGCACUGCAGCCCAGCGGUUACAGCACUGCAGUGGAACACAGGUCACUUACAGAAGCACUUAUUUGUAUAUACACAGAAAAAAACUGCACUCAAACAGUAUCGGAUUAUUAGAAAUGGACUAAAAUUAAGUGUUUUUUUUCUCCAUCUUCCUAUAAAAGUUUACGAAGACAUUUUGUCAUUGACUCUCUGUACAUAUACGUUGGAAAUACUGUGCAGCCAGGAAAACUGUUUUAAACCAUUUAUCUGGGCAGUAGGUGUGUUUUUGGCAGUAAAACACUGAAUAAAAUUAUAAUAAAUAUUUUAAAAAAUCAUAAGUACAGUAAUCAGAAUGUGUUAAGUUUUGAAUAUGUAGGUUAAAAGAACACAGGUUUGGUUCCUUCUGUCUCGUCACCUGGUUUCAUUUAAUAAAGGAUUGAUUGGAUGAACCAGGUACUGUUGGUUACUGUAAAUGCUGGACUUCCUCCAGAAGACCUUUGGAAGUUGUUGGUUUAGCUACACACAUCAAAUCACAAUGGAUUGCUUGUUUGUCUGUUUGUAUUUAUUGUUACGUUUGUGGGGUUUUUUCCGUUUUUUUUAUUCUUACUGCCCAGAUAAACAGCUCUACAGAUCAUUUUCUCUUUCCUAUAUCAUCUUCUGUGUACAUGUAAUACAGUGCAAAAGUCUUUGGCACAUCAGUGCAUUAUUUCAAACCAUUUAUCUGGACAGUAAAUGAGUUUUUGCUUGUUUUGCAACACAGACUAUUAGAAUAAACACAAACAUCAAUGCAGUAAAAAGUUACUAGACGUUUGAGGAAUAAAGUUUGAAGUUUUCUCAGCA